AUGAAACAAAGAGGAUGCACGGCAUCGAGGCAGCGGCAGUGGUGGGUCUCCGUCAUGUUUGCACUGGAUCUUUUAUGUAGCGGCGCUUCAGCUCAGAUCAGAUAUACGAUAUCUGAAGAGGUCAAAGAGGGAACUGCCGUUGGGAAUAUAGCUAAAGAUUUAGGUCUAGACAAAACCACAUUAAAAAAUAGAGGAUAUCGCAUUGUAACAGGUUCAACGGAACCCCUCUUUCAGGUAAAUCAAAAUGAUGGUAUCUUGUACGUGAAAAGAAACAUAGACAGAGAGGAGGUAUGCGAACGCAGCAGUUCGUGUUUGAUCAAUCUGAAAACCGUGUUAGAAAACCCAUUGGAGAUUCAUUAUGUGAUGGUAGAAAUUCGUGAUGUAAACGACCACUCUCCUAGUUUUCCGGAGAAGGAGAAAAGGCUUGAGAUAUUUGAGUCCACUUUACCAGGAGCGAGAUUUCAGUUGCAAGCUGCGCGCGACCCCGACGUAGGCCAGAACUCCAUUCAGCAAUAUAAACUUAGCCAUAAUGAACAUUUCAAAGUAGAAGUCAAGGAUAGAGGUGAAGACCGUAAAGUACCAUUUUUAGUUCUGCAGAAGCAGUUAGACAGAGAGACUGCUGCAGUCCAUAGGUUUCUUCUAACGGCGAUUGAUGGAGGGAAACCUGUGAAGUCGGGCACUAUAGAAAUACUUGUGGAUGUUCUCGAUGUUAAUGACAACUCACCUGUGUUCACUAAAGAGCUUUUCUCUGUCACUUUGAGGGAAAAUGUCCCGGUUGGUACGACGGUGAUUCAGGUAAAUGCAACCGACUUAGAUCAGGGUGCAAACGGCCAAAUAUUGUAUUCAUUUGGAAAUGAGGUUGAUCAAAAAAUAAUGAAUCUCUUUAGUGUGGACCCAGACACUGGUGAAAUUCAAGUGACAGGUUUGGUAGAUUUCGAGGAAAGUAAGAGUUAUGAAAUUGAUAUACAGGCAUCUGAUAAGGGUUCAGUUCCUUUAACGGCUGAUAAAAGCGUGUUGAUAACUGUAGUCGAUGUUAAUGAUAAUGCUCCAGAGAUAGAAGUGACAUCUUUUUCCAGUUCCAUCGCCGAGGAUUCGAGAAUCGGAACAACUGUUGCCCUGAUUAGUGUCAGUGAUUUGGACUCUGGAAUCAAUGGAAGAGUCAUUUGCACAAUCAGAGAGGAUGUGCCUUUUACUUUGUCGGCGUCACUACAAGACAACUUGUAUGCUGUCGUCACCAAGUCGCAUUUGGACAGGGAGAAAAAAACUGAAUAUGAUAUUACAAUAGUCGCUAAGGACACGGGUGACAUAUCUUUGUCAUCUGAAAGAACAAUAAGCGUCGUUGUAUCAGAUGUAAAUGACAACAGUCCAGAAUUUUCAUCAAGCCCAUAUACGUUUUAUGUUAGUGAGAACAACGCUCCUGGAGCCUCGGUAUUUUCAGUGAAAGCAUCUGAUCGUGAUGAGAGUGAUAAUGCUCUUAUUUCAUACCAAAUUCUGAGAGAUGCAAGUGAUGAUAACAAACUGACCUCGUUUCUUAACAUCAAUACUGAAAACGGAAACAUCAUGGCGUUAAAAAGUUUUGACUUUGAGACUCUGAAAACCUUCCAGUUCCAAGUUGUUGCCACAGACUCUGGAACUCCAUCACUGAGCAGCAACGUCACAGUGAACGUGUUCAUUCUGGAUCAGAACGACAACGCUCCAGUCAUCUUAUAUCCACUCAGCGCGAACGGUUCUGCUGAAGGUGUGGAGGAGAUUCCCCGCAAUGUGAACGCAGGCUACUUGGUGACUAAAGUGAGAGCAUAUGAUCCAGAUAUAGGAUAUAACGGCUGGUUGUUAUUUUCACUGCAGGAAGUGAGUGACCACAGUCUGUUUGGUUUGGACCGCUAUACAGGACAGAUAAGAACACUUCGCUCAUUCACAGAGACAGACGAGGCUGAGCAUAAACUGGUCAUACUGGUGAAAGACAAUGGGAACGUUUCCCUCUCAGCAACAGCUACUGUGAUUGUCAAGGCUGUAGAGCCCAAAGAGGCUUUUGCAGCUGCUGAUGUCAAAAGUGCAGCAAAAGUUGAAGAUGAGACUAAUGUGACAUUUUAUUUGAUAAUAACUUUGGGCUCAGUUUCAACACUGUUUCUCAUUAGUAUCAUUGUUCUGAUUAUAAUGCAGUGCUCCAAACCUACUGACUAUUCAUCUAAGUAUCUACAAGACACACAUUAUGAUGGGACACUGUGCCACAGCAUUCAGUACAGAUCUGGAGACAAACGGUACAUGUUAGUUGGACCCAGAAUGAGCAUAGGAUCUACUAUAGUCCCUGGCAGCAAUGCGAAUACUCUCGUUCUCCCGGACAGGAGACAGACAUCUGGAGAGGUAAGAAACAAAUUCACUAUGAAUAUACCGUCUUAG